AGAAGAGACGUAUGUGACUGAUAUAAAGACAGAAGAUACAGAGGGAGAAGAAGAGACGUAUGUGAGGGGUGAUCAGCAGUGUAAGGAGGAGGAGAUUCCUACAGAUAUCAGCACAGCAGAUGGACACACAAGCAGGAAUAUCUCAGAAGGACAUCUAAUGUUAUCCCCGGAUUGUGACAUAAAAGAUAAUGACAGAAUACAGGAUUCUCCAGGAGAUAACCCCAUUACCUCAGUGAUACAUCCAGCUCUAUCAGCUGGUCUCUCUGAUCAUGGGAAAUGUUCUCCUGAUCACUCUGAUAUUGGUGCAUCUGUUACAGCUCUGAGAGUAGAUACAGUGUUUCCCUGUUCUAUAGAUGCCAAAUGUUUUACACAGAACACAAAACGUAUUACCCAUCAGCCAGCUAAGGAAGGUGAGAGGCCAUUCCCAUGUUCUGAGUGUGGGAAAUGUUUUGCACGGAAAUCAAAUCUUGUUACACAUCAGAGAAGUCACACAGGUGAGAAGCCAUUUUCUCGCUCUGAUUGUGGGAAAUGUUUAAGUAAAUCACAUCUUGUUAUAUAUCACAGAAGUCAUACAGGUGAGAGGCCAUUUUCUUGCUCUGAGUGUGGGAAAUGUUUUACAUGGAAAUCACAACUUGUUACACAUCAGCGAAGUCACACAGGUGAGAAGCCGUUUUCUUGUUCUGAGUGUGGGAAAUGUUUUUCCCAGAAAUCACAACUUGUUACACAUCAGAGAAGUCACACAGGUGAGAAGCCAUUUUCUUGCUCUGAGUGUGGGAAAUGUUUUAGAUGGAAAUCACAACUUGUUACACAUCACAGAAGUCACACAGGUGAGAAGCCAUUUUCUUGCUCUGAGUGUGGGAAACAUUGUUUAAAUAAAUCACAUCUUGUUAUACAUCAGAGAAGUCACACAGGUGAGAAGCCAUUUUCUUGCUCUGAGUGCGGUAAAUGUUUUUCCCAGAAAUCACCACUUGUUACACAUCAGCGAAGUCACACAGGUGAGAAGCCAUUUUCUUGCUCUGAGUGCGGUAAAUGUUUUUCCCAGAAAUCACCACUUGUUACACAUCAGCGAAGUCACACAGGUGAGAAGCCAUUUUCUUGCUCUGCGUGUGGGAAAUGUUUUACACGGAAAUCACAACUUGUUAGACAUCGGAGAACUCACACAGGUGAGAAUACAUUUCCAUGUUCUGAGUGUGGGAAAUGUUCUGCACACAAAUCAGAUCUUAGAAACCAUGAGAGAAGUCACACAGGUGAGAAGCCAUUUUCUUGCUCUGAAUGUGGGAAAUGUUUUACACAGAAAUCACAACUUGUUACAUAUCAGAGAAGUCACACAGAUGAGAGGCCAUUUCCAUGCUCUGAGAAAUAAAUCAUCUCUUGUUGUACAUAUUAGACUUCAUCAGGUGAGGAACCAUUUCAUUUUCUGGAGUAUACUUAUUAUUGCCAUACGUUGUUCUUCAAGGUUCUUAUCCUAUCUCCUAUGCUUUUUGCAAUAUACAUGUUACCACUGGGUGAAAUAAUCAUAUGUCAUGCCCUCAUCUACCACUGCUAUGCAGAUGACCUGUCUCUUGCUCCGGGUACUGAGAACCCAGUACCAAUCCUAAAUGGUUGUCUAGCUGAGCUCCAGGUGUGGGUGAUGCCAGUUGGCUGUGACUCAGUCCUGGUGAAACAGGUCCUUAUGAUAGAAGCUCACCAACAAAGGGCAGGGCUACAGCUCAGCUUUACUACCAAUCAGACUUGCCACAUAACACCCAUUCUCUGUUCCCUUCACCGGCUGCCUGUAAGAUGGUAACUAUUACAUAAUCUUACUGACUCUCCCAGCCCUACAUGACCAGGGUCACAGGUACCAGAAGCAGCUUCUAACUCCUUACUGCCCUGCUUUCUUACUUCCAUCUGCAGAUGAAGGUCUGUUACCAGCAGUACCAAGAAUCCCCAAGCAGUGCUGAGAUGUCAGGGGUAGACAGGGUGGGUGGCACUAUUGCUGUAUCAGUGGCACUGUCUGGGUAAUAUCCCCAAGCAGAGCUGAGGGUGUACUCAGGGUGGCUGGCAGUAGUGGGGACUGCAGGAGGCAGUGUCUGUGAGACUCUUGUCCUCAAGCAGAGUUAAGGUGUCAGAGGAGGAGACAAGGUGGUGGCAGAAGCGGAAGAAGACAGGGCAGUGGCAGUAGUGGGCUGAGACAGGGAGGGUUGCAGUAGUGGGGAGAGACGGUGGUGGCAGUAGUGGGGCAGACAGGGUAAGUGGCAGUAGUGGAAGGAGA